AUGAAUAUCAUUGGGAGACGUUCUCAAGCUUAUGUAUCCAAAAUUCCUGUCCGUGCAUUGCAUAAGCAUGGACUAAAGACUAUACGCCAACCAUCUGCAGUGCCUCAGAGGUUAGUCUCGAGUGGAGUAUUCAGAAUCCCCGUUCUUCGGGCUUCUCCAGGGCUCCGUACAUCAUCCGGGGCCAAUCGACAUGGGGGUUCCAUGUUUACCUCUGUUCCCGAGAGGAACACCAUGCUCAUUCCAGUCACCCAACGUUCACACCGUCAGCCCCUGCCACAGGAGAAAACUUCUACCACUUCUGGACACAAUCCCAGCCUUACCACUGUCAUACCGGGGUCAGCGCUAGCUACUACACCGCACCGGUCAUCCAUGCGGCAAAGUCCGCGGUCCGUCGCUGUUACACCCCAACCAGACCCAGAUAGACCCAUUACGAGACCCCAACAGUCCCUACCCUCCGCUCGGAAGGAAAGGCGCUAA